AUGCAGCGGAUCAGGGAAGGUAUCCACAUUCGGACCAUGAAGGCCAAGAGAAAAGUGGAAGAGAUUUCCAAAAAGGACGUCCAGGCGUUCCUGAAGAAGAAUGCUUUCGUUCUCUUCACAGUGGGAGCAGUAAUUGUAGGAAUCAUCCUGGGAUUUGCUCUGCGCCCGUAUAAGAUGACCUAUCGGGAAGUGAAGUACUUCUCCUUUCCUGGAGAGGUUCUGAUGAGGAUGCUGCAGAUGCUGGUCCUGCCUCUGCUGGUCUCCAGCCUGAUUACAGGGAUGGCAGCUCUGGACAGCAAAGCUUCAGGGAAAAUGGGCAUGAGAGCAGUAAUUUACUAUAUGACAACGACCAUCAUUGCAGUCUUUAUCGGGAUAAUCAUCGUCCUCAUCAUUCAUCCAGGAAAAGGCUCCAAAGAUGAGUUUGGGAAACAGCAGACCAUCGAACAAGUCAGCCCUGCUGAUGCCUUCUUGGAUCUCAUCAGAAAUAUGUUCCCACCAAACCUGGUCCAAGCCUGCACCCAGCAGUUCAAAACCAGGUACGGAAAGCGAAAGGUCCAUGUGACAGUCACAGUGAACGACACUUUCUUCAACUCCACAAACGGAACGCAAGAGAUAAUGGAAAUCACCAGGGAGGAAGUGAUCCCUGUACCUGGGCAGGUGAACGGGGUCAAUGCCCUCGGAUUGGUGGUCUUCUCCAUGUGCUUUGGUUUGAUAAUUGGCAACAUGAAGGAGCAGGGUCAGCUUCUCAGAGACUUCUUUGACAGCCUCAAUGAAGCCAUCAUGAGCCUGGUUGCCAUCAUCAUGUGGUAUGCUCCAAUCGGCAUACUGUUUCUUAUUGCAGGAAAGAUAGUGGAGAUGGACGAUCUGACUCAGAUGGGUGGUCAGCUGGGCAUGUACACCAUCACUGUCAUCAUUGGGUUGCUGAUUCAUGGCGUUCUUAUUCUGCCCAUGCUAUACUUUGUCAUCACUCGGCAGAAUCCUUUUAUCUUCAUUGCUGGGCUCUUACAAGCACUGGUCACGGCUUUGGGAACUUCUUCCAGCUCUGCAACGUUGCCCGUCACAUUUAAAUGUCUUGAGGAGAACAACAAGAUUGAUAAGCGGAUCACGCGCUUUGUGCUCCCAGUCGGUGCCACCAUUAACAUGGAUGGAACGGCUCUGUAUGAGGCGCUGGCGGCCAUCUUCAUUGCCCAGGUCAACAACAUGGAGAUGAACUUUGGUCAAAUCAUCACCAUCAGCAUCACAGCGACUGCAGCCAGCAUCGGAGCUGCUGGUAUCCCACAAGCGGGCCUGGUUACCAUGGUUAUCGUACUGACCUCUGUUGGACUUCCUACUGAUGACAUCACUCUAAUCAUUGCAGUUGACUGGUUCCUGGAUCGUCUUCGCACCACCACCAACGUUCUGGGAGACUCUAUCGGAGCUGGAAUCGUGGAGUUCCUGUCCCGACAUGAGCUCCGCAGCAAGGAUGUGGAGAUGGGGAACUCUGUGUUGGAGGAGAGGGAGAGGAAGAAACCUUACAAGCUCAUCUCACAGGACAGUGAUCUAGAAAAUGACAAACGCACUCACAGUGAAUCCAACAUGUAGCUUCUGCCUUCAUCUGAACCGAAAACUCACAGCUGGUUCUGGUAACUGCAGUAGGGACCUAAAUUUCUAAAUCAUUAAUUUUCCCAUUUAUCAACAUAUUUUUUUCUCAUUCAAGAUUAUAAAUAUAAUCCAAGGUUCCUUUUUUUUUUCUCCUAUUCGAAGUGGAACCUGUAGAUUCAGCUUACUUCUGUCUAAUGGUGAAUUCAUUCAUUCAGGCUAACUGGAAUUUAUGUUGCAGUAAGUGUAAAUUGUUGAAUAACAGGUAAAACCGUUUAAUGCAGAAGUUAAAAAAUAUGGAUUUAAAGCAAUAAAAUGAGAAAUAACUAUGAUUAUCGCUUCAAAAUGCCUUUCAUUUUGACCAUGAAUUGUAACGUUGAUAUUCAGGAUCUGGGUCUAAACAUCUUGGACAUUUUUAAAAGUGUUAAUUUAAAAAUGUUUGGGUUUUAUAGACUUUUUACACACCAACAUACCAGUGCUUUUAGUUAGUUUUUUCUGCUGAGUGUGUCGCUGAAUGUGUAAAAGCUGAUUAGCCCCUUUGUGAAAAUAUUUGUCAUACUUUGUUAAUUCUAAAAAUAAAUCAAAUAAAAUAAACUC